AUGGGAAAACUAGCCAGGCCACCAACAGGGAACACUUCCGAUGAUGAAGGCUCAAGCGAAGACGGUUCUGUUGAUCUUUCAGCCUUUGACGAGCCUACCCUUCCUUCCGAGGAUCUACCAGAUGUACCGAUUCCUCCCCUUGAAGGCGACCCCUUGGCUGAUCAAAACCCAAAGAUUCCCCUCGAUCUGACGGAGGACAAUGUGAUGGAAGUCGAUGGCAACAUUUUACGCCCAAGUUCAAACCCCGUAACUCGAAAGUUAUUACAAAACGAAGAUAUGGCACGAACCAUCUGUUCUAUGAUUGCAUUUGGAUGCAACCGGCGCCAUAACGGCUUACAGCUGAUGAACGGACUACUCUUCAUUGCAUGCGGAGUCACCGAGCGUGUUAACAAGUAUCUCAACUACGUCGGCAUAUCGUGCUCUCGGAAAACGGCACAUAUCGGUCUGGCGAGCCUCGGCAAAGAAUUUGAGAAGAAACUAAGGGAUCAGCUUGGAGACAAGGAUUCAAAUGUGUUUCCACCUUCGAUCUGCAUCGACAAUCUAGAUUUCCAACAAUCAAUCCACACAAAAUCUGUCGGACAAUCAAGCACCAUGUUUCAUGGCACAUGGGGUUACAUCCAUCGCUUACCCCACGAAUUUUUCCAAAGCCUUGAUAAUUCUGAGCUGACUCUAGCAGCAUUGAAACGUGCACUGAAAGAAGGCAUUUCUUUAGAAGUUCAACCUCGGCACUUUGGUCCAACACCGUCCAGCGAGCAACACUUCAAAGCCACCCUGAAAUCUCAGCUCACCGGUGUUCUCCUUCGUUUUGUAGCUUCCACAAAUGACAAGAAACAACUCCUUUCCACUCAACCACCACCUGUCAGACCAAUAAAACCGGAGAAGCCCAACCUGACUAUGCUGAAGCUCAUGAUGGCUUCUGACAAUUCAUCUGAAGGAAUCGGUGACGUCCUUUCAGGUCUCAUUAAACAGUCUGGCCUGACUGCCGAGGAGUUUUCAACCCGACUACAAGUUCUUGAAGGCGACCUGGGGACCUGCAUGAACAUCUUGAGCCUUCGAGAGCUUCGCAUCCCGGCCGGCUAUGCUAAAACGAGUCUUGCACACAUCCUGUCAAUCCCCGGUGCAGCUCAUACAAUGUGGAACUUUUCUCAGGCAAUUUUCCUGCAUCACUGGGGUGAUCAGACCAAUCGGAAGGACACUGGAGCGUGGCGCAUCCUCAAGGCUCUCGGAAUCCCCUCAGAAAAACCAGUAACCAAACGCGAUUUCACACUCAUGAUGACCAACAUGGAAAGGAUCCAUGAUGCUGAUCUUCUCUAUUGCAUUCUUGUUGUAAUGGGAAUAGAGAGCCAACCUGUCCCUGAAGAAUUGCCCACCAUGUCCCCAUCAUCGAUUGAGGAAAUUGUUGAGCGCACUUACGAUCGUUUCUUAUCCGGUGAGGCACUUGAGGAUGCAACACAAAAAAAACAAGACAAACUUGUCAAUCUUCUGUUACGGCUCCGAGAUUUCGCAACAGUCAUUGAAGUUAAUCGUGCCACAAAGGCAGGUGAUACAGGGAGGCUAAUGUACAUGUGGAAACGCUGA